CAAAAUAGCCAACAAUCCUAGUUUAGAGGAGAAUCCGGUCCAUGCAAAUACUUGUCAACUAGAAGUAUAUUUCUUAUGUCUCUGCAAAUCUUUCACAGUAUUACUCCUCUAUCUUCGCCGUCGACGUCGAAUUUCCCGUCUACGCAGUUUCUUUCUCGGUUUGUCCCGGCGACAAGUCAUGUCAGUAACUGCUCUAAUAAAUCACCAUCAGUUGGCUUAUCGGAAUUACAGUCCCAAUUCAAGCCCCCGACUGACGAUCUCCGUCCUAUUGAAACAAAACCUAGUAGCAGUAGCAGUUCAGAUGAUACACCUGAGAGUGAAGGAAUUUCUGGUAUUAAAGUGCCCAGACAAAGAUAUAUUGCCGCUUCCAAAUCGCAGCUGUUAGGUGCCAUCACUUCUACCAUGUUUAAUUCACCGGAGGAAGCCGAUCAAUUUCGUCAUGUAUCAUUAUGCCUGGACCUGAUUCUCCAUGCUGAACACAAAGUCAUCUUAGAGGAAAUGCGAGUUGAUUAUGAUCGAUCGCAUGCCAAUGAUAGUUGUAAUAAAACUGCAGUUUCAUCUGGGCAAGAAAGAAAUUUCACGCCAAAUGGAAGUGGUUCCGACAUUAUGAUGAGUGAUGUUGAGAAGGUCAAAGACAUUGAUAAAUAUGACUGGGAUAUGGAACUGAAGAAUCUAUGGCGUUCAGGUUCUGAUCAAUUCUCAGGAUCUCCUUAUGUUUCUUUUCUCAAAUUUGUCAACAAAGACUCUCUUGAGGAGUCUAGAACUGCUGUUUCCAGUCGUUUUCAACAUGCUUUCCUGCAGCUGCUUUCCAAUGCGGGUUUUGAAGAAUUGUCUGCUAGAGAUCUGAGGCUGACAUCUGCUCUAAAUACUGAUUAUCUUCUUACAUUACCUAUAUCUGUAGACUGGAAGAGGGCAUCUCAGUCCAGUGCCAUAUUAUUCAGACGUGGUUAUGCAACUGAGAGGCAGAAGGGCUUGCUAAUUGUUGAAAAACUAGAUUACUUGCAAUCAAAGUUUCUACAAAGAGUUUUCUUUCUGAUAGUCAAACCUCUGAAGAAAGUUAGUAUUUGGUUGACUGAGGUUUUGGAAAGAUCUAUCACAGAAGAUAAUGCUCAAAUUUGGGCCCAAAAAGUCAAGCUUUGGUUGAAGGAUUUUCCCAUUCUCCAGCAAACAUCUAGUGACAACCAACACAUAUCAAAUAAGCCAUUUGAAGUUGACGCAUUAUCAGAAGAUGACCUUCCCCUUCAGAAAGCUGCACAGAAUGCUGUAAUUCGUUAUGAAGAAAAUCUUUCAGCAGUUGGGCCUCGUGGUAGGCUUCUAAAAAAGCUGCUGAUGCUGAUUGGAGUUCUACCGUCAAAACACAAACAGCAAUUUGAACUUGAAAUAGAUGAUAAUGAAAUUGAAUCUCAUUUAAGGCCAAUCUUUUUGUCGAGGAUAUCACUUAGCGAUAUAUGGGAACCCGCAUCACUGAAAUCAUGUGCAAAUGAUCUUUGGAGAAUGUUGAGAACUUCUAUUUCCAUUCUUCUCUCAAAAUCAACUCUCCAGGAGCCAGCUUACCAAGAGUUGAUUUUACUAUACAUCAAGGAAACUUGUGAGGGAGGUGAUGCGGAUAAAGAUGAGUUCCCUUCAUUGCAGCUGAAGAUCUACGAGAAAAUCCCCAUUCCAGAUCUACCAGUUGUUUUUCCGCACAAGAAGUUGUCUUUCCGCAUACUAGAUUCGGUACGCCUUGACAUUGCCUCAGUACUUGGACUACUGGCAUACUUCAUAAACUACAAAUUUGAAGACAUAUUUUCACUAUCCGCAAUACUUUUAGAUGUGAUUGCAGUCAGUGCUCUUCUGAUAUAUGUGAGCCGUGUGGUCUUGGGUUACAAGCAAACAUGGGAUAGAUAUCAACUUCUGGUCAACAGGACACUUAAUGAGAAAACAAUGGCAAGUGGCUUUGGUUCUGUUUACUUUCUCCUGGAUGCUUCUGAACAACAGCAGUACAAAGAAGCCAUAUUAGCAUAUGCAGUCCUGCUGAAAGAAAACAGCCAGGGAAGUUAUGCUGGAAAUGUUGGAGCCAGAUGUGAGAAGUUUAUUUAUGAUCUGUUGGACGAAAAGGUUGAAAUGCCUGUAGACAAAGCUAUAAGUACAUUGGUGAGGCUGGGUAUUGUAAUAGAGGAGUCUUUAAACGGGCACACUGUGCUGCAGGCAGUCCCUUGCUUCAAGGCAUAUGAGAUUCUUAAACAACAUUGGAAUAGCUUGCUCGGCUAAGUUUUGCUACAUAGAAUACAAAGUUUCUUAGCUGUAGAUUUUUAGCUUCAACAAAAGUAUUUGGAAGUAUGAAUGCAGUAAGAGAUAGUGUAACUUUGUUAUAAUUAGGAAGGAUGAAUUAUACUAAAAGUGGGAACAUCCUAAACUAAAAACGUAUCAUUAUAUUAUAUUAUGUUACUCUAAAAUUGGGAA